GCGCGCGGCCCCUCCCCCUGCCCAGCUCGGGGCAGGCGCCCGUAGCCGCUGGACUUCCCGCGUCCGCCGGGGAGAUGCGGCCGCCGCUCGGGCUCCUUGCAGGUUUCUAGCCAGCAGAAUGCUGGACCCAGAGGCCAGCAGGGCGCAGCUGUCAGGAUGGCCGAGUGGGACGCCAGUCUGGACCACAUCAUCCCAUCCUCUGUUCUUCCUCCCUUCUGGGCGAAGUUCCUCGUGGGUUUUGCUUCCCUCGUGUGUUUUGCCCGGAGCUACGAUGGAGACUUUGUCUUUGAUGACUCUGAAGCCAUUGUUAACAAUAAGGACCUCCGCGCAGAGACACCUCUGGGGGACCUGUGGCAUCAUGACUUCUGGGGCAGCCGGCUGAGCAGUAACACCAGCCACAAGUCCUACCGCCCCCUGACCGUGCUGACCUUCAGGAUGAACUACUAUUUGUCGGGAGGCUUCCACCCCAUGAGCUUCCACGUUGUCAACAUCGCCCUGCAUGGCGGCAUCUGCGUGCUUCUGGUGGAUGUCUUCUCCGUGCUGUUCGGGGGCCUGCAGUACACGAGCAAGGGCAGGAGGCUGAACCUGGCCCCCAGGUCGUCUCUGCUGGCCGCCCUGCUGUUUGCCGUGCACCCGGUGCACACUGAGUGUGUUGCUGGUGUCGUCGGCCGUGCAGACCUCCUGGGUGCGCUCUUUUUUCUGCUGUCUUUCCUUGGCUACUGUAAAGCGUUCAGAGAAACUAACAAGGAGGGGACCCACUCCACGUUCUGGGUGUUGCUGAGCAUCCUCCUGGGAGCAGUGGCCAUGCUGUGCAAAGAGCAAGGGAUCACCGUGCUGGGUCUGAAUGCCAUCUUCGACAUCUUGGUGAUAGGCAAAUUAAAUGUCCUGGAAAUUGUCCGGAAGGUCCUCCGUAAGGACAGAUCGUUAGAGAGCCCUGGCAUGCUCCGGACAGGGGGCCUCCUCUUCAGAAUGACCCUCCUGGCUUUGGGGGGAGCCGGGGUACUGUAUGUACGCUGGAAGAUCAUGGGCACCGGCCCACCCGCCUUCACCGAGGUGGACAACCCCGCCUCCUUCGCCGACAGCGUGCUGGUCAGGGCCAUAAACUAUAAUUACUACUAUUCAUUGAAUGCCUGGCUGCUGCUGUGCCCUUGGUGGCUGUGUUUUGAUUGGUCGAUGGGUUGCAUCCCCCUCAUUAAGUCCGUCGGGGACUGGAGGGUGAUUGCUCUGGCAGCGCUCUGGUUCUGCCUAAUUGGCCUGAUACGCCAAGUCCUGUGCUCUGAAGACAGCCACAAGAGAAGGAUCCUCACGCUGGGCCUGGGACUCCUCAUUAUCCCAUUCCUUCCCGCAAGUAACCUGUUCUUCCGAGUGGGCUUUGUGGUGGCCGAGAGGGUCUUGUACCUCCCCAGCGCCGGCUACUGCAUGCUGCUGACGUUUGGAUUUGCAGCGCUCAGUAAACACACGAAGAAAAAGAAAUUGAUUGCUGCUCUCAUCCUGGGAAUUUUAUUCCUAAACACGCUGAGAUGUGUGGUUCGCAGUGGCGAGUGGCGGAGUGAAGACCAGCUUUUCCGAAGCGCCCUGUCUGUGUGUCCUCUCAAUGCCAAGGUUCACUACAACGUUGGCAAAAACUUGGCUGAUAAAGGCAAUCAGACGGCGGCCAUCAGAUAUUACCGGGAAGCGGUGAGAUUAAAUCCCAAGUAUGUCCAUGCCAUGAAUAAUCUGGGAAACAUCCUGAAAGAGAGGAACGAGCUUCAGGAAGCGGAGGAGCUGCUGUCGUUGGCUGUGCAGAUACAGCCAGACUUCGCUGCCGCGUGGAUGAAUUUAGGCAUCGUACAAAACAGCCUGAAGCGGUUCCAAGCCGCGGAACAAAGUUACCGGACGGCGAUCAAGCACCGGAGGAAAUACCCGGAUUGUUACUACAACCUGGGGCGUUUGUACGCAGAUCUGAAUCGUCACGUGGAUGCCCUGAACGCGUGGAGGAACGCUACCGUGCUAAAGCCAGAGCACAGCCUGGCCUGGAACAACAUGAUCAUACUCCUCGAUAACACAGGUAAUUUAGCCCAAGCUGAAGCUGUUGGCAGAGAGGCACUGGAAUUAAUACCUAAUGAUCACUCUCUGAUGUUCUCCUUGGCAAACGUGCUGGGGAAGUCCCAGAAAUACAAGGAAUCCGAAGCUUUGUUCCUCAAAGCAAUUAAAGCUCAUCCAAAUACAGCAAGUUACCAUGGCAAUUUGGCUGUGCUCUAUCAUCGUUGGGGCCAUCUAGACUUGGCCAAAAAACACUACGAGAUCUCUCUGCGGCUUGACCCGACAGCGUCGGGAACUAAGGAAAAUUACGGUCUUCUAAGAAGAAAGCUGGAACAAAUGCAAAAGAAAAACGUCUGAUCCCUUUUCCUUCAUUUUUUGAGUUUGUGUGUGUGUGUGUGCAUGAGGCAGAUUGUCCAUCUCGUGCUUGCGUUUAACCAUGUAAAGUCCCACGUGUUGUUUACUUCAUUGUUUUUCUUCCUGUGAAAACAAAGACCUGCAAAAAGAUUAUAGCACCAGCAAUUUACUCCUGAAUGCUUGAUGUGGUUUUUGCAUUGAAAUUGUAUUUUUUCAGACAAUUCAAACAUAACUUCUGAAAAGCCAAGAAUAAAGUCUUUUUUAAUUAAAAAGAAAAAGAGGAAAAAAAUUAUCUUGAGCGACUUACAGCAGAAUUAAACCUGCAUUUGGAACGAGUCGUGUUGUAUAGAGACUCAUACUAUUAAACAUUGACUGUGAACAGAAAAUGACAAACGGACUCCUACAUUUAUAUAAAUACCUAAUGUGUCUGUAUAUUAGAAUUUUUAUUUAAUGACGAGUAAAUUAAGAUUUUUUUUUUAAUUUUUUUUCCAAACAAUAUGCUAUGUACUUCAUUUGUAAGGAAAUAUUUAUUUGUAUUUUUAUGUUUUGACCAGGGCAAAUAAUUGAAUGAAGAGUGGAAAUUUUAACAUCAAGUAUAUUUACACUUUUUCCAUAGGAAGAAAUUCACUCCUCCAAUAUUUUUUGGAUUCUUCAACUUGUGCUAUUUGUAGCAUGCAAAAUUGUGUAGUAUUCUACAAAAACUGUCACUCUUAAUAGAAAAUUCAAGCUAUGCUUUAGAUAAAAACAGCCUAAUGUCUUUAUUUUUGUUAUAUCCAGUAUUAAGAGGGCUACACAUCUACGUAAGUUGUGUUUUUAUAUGUUUAGCUGGAAAGCCGUUUUCCAUUUAGCUUCAUAGAACCACAGUCAUAUCCAAAAAAUGCAAGAGGUAAACUUCCUCUCAAAAGGAACCACAUUUGAGGAGUUUGUGCUAUUUUUAAGAAUUGGUUAAUUUAUCAUGUUUUAUCGGGUCAGAAUAAUCAUAUUCAUUUUGUUUUAUUCUUCUGUAUUUGCUGUUGACCUAAUGAUUUAUGCAAUCCGUGUAAUUUCUUAUGCAGUAAAAUUAUUACACAAACCAGUAUAAAAGUGUCAUAUUGCCUCCUUAAUAGAUGAUUUUCAAGUUGCUUGGUUGGCCAAAUGUUUGUUUGGGUUUUUCCUUAAGAUGUUAUGGAAAAACUCAAAUAAAUAUUUUGAGCAACCUAAUAUUUGACUCUUUGUCUUCUUUCCUUAAACUGAAAUCAAAGUGACCAGUUCAUUCUUUCUAGAAUAUGGCUUCUAUUUGGUUUUUGUUGUCAUUGUUUAGUCAAUAAGUCGUGUCCGACUCUUUUGCGACCCCAUGAACUGUAACCCCUCCACUAUUUGGUUUUAGGCACCGAUUAAUAGUAAUCCAGGUUCAACAAACGGGGUGAGUAGAUCUCACAUUGAGAUGAAUUGAUUGUCUACACUCGCUUGUGGGGAGUGGGGUCCGAGGCCAACCAGCAUAGAGUUGUAAAUCGGUAAUUGUAACCUACGACGGUUGAGAUCCUCAGAAGAGAAAAUUCUGUUUCAAACCUUUCAGAAAUGGUCCCCAAACAACAAUAACAGUUUAUAGAGCUCUGAGGAGCAGGAGCUGCUUUAUUGUUCAUUGUGUUCCUAUAGCACUUAGCUUGGGAGAUAAUAGAUGUACUGUAUGCUUGUUGAUUUUUCUUUUAAUUUCUUUCUUUAAAACAGCGCUUGUCUUUUGAGAGUAAAGGAAAACCAUUUCUUAUAA